AUGGCUGCCGAUUCUGAGGCGCCCACAGAGAUUUUUCGCAAGGACUACCUGGCCCCGAACUACUGGAUCCGAGAGGUUGAGCUAACGGUUCGGAUCUUCGAAGGUCGAACGGAGGUAGCGUCCAAGCUCCGGCUCGAACCCCGCGAGGGGGCGCCUGGGAAGGAGUUGACUUUGGACGGCGAGGACCUGAAGGUGAAGAGCGUGGCCGUGAACGGCACGGCGCUGAAGGAAGGCGAUGGUUACACGGUGGAAGGGGAGAAGAUGACCGUGGCAGGCAAGGCUUUUGAAGGAAAGAGUGGAGGAGGGUACGCUGGAGGUGACUCUAAAGGCCUCUGGCUGGAGAUCGAGGUGGAGAUUGAGCCAGAGAAGAACACUCAGCUCUCGGGCCUAUACUACAGUGGGAGCAUGUACUGCUCUCAGAUGGAAGCCGAAGGCUUCCGGCGCUUCACCUACUUCCUGGACCGCCCGGACGUCAUGGCCAAGUUCACCUCCGUACGACUGGAAGCCGAUGAGAAGACAUGCCCAAUCUUGUUGAGCAACGGCAACCGCACCGAUGCUGGAAAGCUCGAAGGAGGCCGGCACUUUGCGGUGUGGUCUGACCCCUUCGCCAAGCCUUCGUACCUCUUCGCGGUAGUGGCCGGCGACCUCGCCUCCAUCACAGACAAGUUCACCACCAAGUCAGGCAGGGAUGUUCAUCUCGAGAUCUUUGCCGCGAAAGAGGAAAAGGACCAGCUUUGGCACGCCAUGAGGUCCCUUCAGCGAUCGAUGAAGUGGGACGAGGAUCGCUUCGGCCUUGAGUACGACCUUGACAUCUACAACAUCGUGGCCGUCAAGGACUUCAACAUGGGCGCCAUGGAGAACAAGAGCCUGAAUGUCUUCAACACCUCGCUGACCUUGGCACGGGAAGACACCGCCACGGACGACGACUACGAGCGGAUCGAAGGCGUCAUCGGCCACGAGUAUUUCCACAACUGGACGGGCAACCGAGUCACCUGCCGCGACUGGUUUCAGCUCACCCUGAAGGAGGGUCUGACGGUGUACCGCGACCAGGAGUUCUCCGCGGACAUGGGCUCCCGGGCUCGCAAGCGCAUCGAGGACGUGAGGAUCCUGCGGGCGGCACAGUUCCCCGAGGAUUCCUCGCCGAUGGCGCACCCCAUCCGCCCCGAGAAGUGUGCGGCCAUUGACAACUUCUACACGGCCACGGUCUACAACAAGGGAGCUGAGGUCAUCCGCAUGUACGAGACGCUCUUGGGCCGGGAUGGCUUCCGAAAGGGGAUGGACUUGUAUUUCGAGCGCCACGACGGAAAUGCCGUGACUUGUGACGACUUCCGCGGGGCGAUGCAGGAUGCCAAUGGCCGGGACCUGAAGCAGUUCGAGAACUGGUACCUGCAGGCAGGCACCCCGACGCUGACGGCCAAGGAUUCCUGGGACGCGGAGAAAGGGACCUACACGCUGACCCUGAAGCAGAAGGUCCCGGACACACCCGGCCAGACGGACAAGAAGCCCAUGCACAUCCCGGUGAAGGUGGGGCUCUUGGACCCAGAGUCUGGAAAGGAGAUCCUCGGCGACACAGUGGUGGAGCUGACAGAGGAGUCGCAGACCUUCGAGUUGAAGCCGUCGGAGGCUCCGAAGGAGAAGCCGGUGCCUUCCCUGCUGCGCGGCUUCUCUGCCCCGGUGAACCUCGAGUAUGACUACAACGACACGAGCCUUUCCCUGCUGGCGGGCUUCGACACCGAUGCUUUCAACCGAUGGGAGGCGACCCAGCGUCUGGGCACCAAGGCGGUGCUGGAUGCCCUGGCAGCUGAAGACCUGGAGUCCUUCAGGCCAGAUGCCACCUUCAUGGACGCCAUGCGGAACACGCUGGCAGACCGAGCCACCGAGGACCUGGCUCUGCUGGCGUAUUCCCUGAUCCUGCCGGCAGAGUCCACGCUGAUGCAGAUCGCCACGCCGCCGAUCGACCCGACGAAGCUGCACAACGCUCGGAACCACGUCCGAAACGUCAUCGCCAAAGAGCUGGACGCAGAGAUCCGGGAGCGCUACGCCGAAGUCACGCCCAAGGACGACGAGCCCUAUGUGGUGGACGGCCCAAGCGCCAGCAAGAGGCGGCUCCGCAAUGUGCUGCUAGGGUAUCUCUCCACUUCAGGCAACGCUGCCGCCGCAGAGCUUUGCGGGAAGCACUUCACCACCGCCAAGGGGAUGACGGACAAGUUGGCAGCCUUCUCCUGCCUCACUGGCAUGCCAGAGAGCCCUGAGGCCAAAGCAGCCAUCGAGAAGUUCCUGGCCGACGCCAAGGGCGAUGCCAAUGUCAUCGACAAGUGGUUCGCCUCGCAGGCCAGGGCUGACGUGGACGACCUGCUGCCGCGCGUGCGCAAGCUGAUGGAGCACCCGGAGUUCUCUUUGAAGAACCCAAAUCGGCUCCGUUCCCUCGUCAGCGUCUUCCUGACCACGCCGCAGUUUCAUGCACCGGAUGGCUCGGGCUACGACUUUGCAUUGGAGAUGAUCCCCAAGGUCGAUGCCCUGAACCCGCAGGUCAGCGCGCGAAUGGCCAACAUGGCCUUCAGGAUUUGGCGACGGCUUGAUGAGAAGCGUCAGGAGAUGAUCCUGGAACGGUUAGGGAAGCUGAUGAAGGCGGGGCUCUCCAAAGAUGCCGCCGAGAUCGUGUCCAAGAUGCGAGCGUGA